GAGGGAUAAAAUACAGAAGGAGCGAGGGAACCAAUCCGGUUCGAGCCUGUUCUGGUACCGGUUGGACCUUAAAUUACCGCUAACACACUUUCCUGGAGGUUUAGGUCCGAGCUGGUCGUCUGACCCACAUAAUCCAGAUUAAAAUAUUCUUGCUACUGUCUCUGAAAAAAAAAAAAACGAUGGGAAGAAAAAAGGCAACAUCUGAUGCAGAUGCAGCUGCAGAGCCAAGACGGAAGUCUCAAAGGUUGUCAGAGAAAGAGACGCAGGAAAAGCCAAAACCAGAGAAGACUAAGGCCCCUCCGAAGACCAAAAAAGUGAAGGAGGAAACAAAGGCCAAGGCAGAGGAGAAGAAAGAAGAAGCCCAGGCAGAGAAAGAAACUCCUGCAGAAAAUGGAGAGGCCAAAGCUGAGGAGGCUCCUGCAGCAGAGGAUCAGACGGAUGAAGACAAGCCUGAAGAGGAGGAGAAAGCAUCGGAGUAGAGGAG